ACGCGGACCAGCGAAGGUGAGACUCAGACGUGUACUCCCGAGGUCUCAAGAUCCUUGUACUGGUGUGAGCAUCAGGCAGACGGAGGUGUAUCUAGCGUUAUUGUCUUGUAAGGUACACGACAACGCCUGGUCCUGUUCCACUGCUUAAGUGUCGGUGGUUUUAUGGUACAGAUCUUCGACUAAGUUUGAGAUGUUUCGGGGAGGCUUGGUUGUGUUUCUGCUGUUGCUAUUCCUCCUGCCACUACAGAAGACCGGAGCUACCAUGACCGCUGUGUAUCACCAGAUGACAAUAAACAGUUACGAUAGACAGUGUGUGGAGGCGACGGUUCCUCUACCUACUGGACUAAACCUUUCACCGUGGUUGUUCUGUUCUCGCCUCUGUACCAACAACCCUUCCUGCACCGCCUACUGCUACUCAGAAAGCGCUUGUCAACUGCUGAACCUGAUCGUAGCACCUGAUGGGUAUUCGUCGCAAGGGGCCGUCUCCUCCUCCGCCGUGUCCUGCUACGUGCCCUACUCAUCUCCAGGGCCCGCCACCACCGACCUGGCCCGGGGCAAACCAGUUACCACCGAAGACACCUUGAUCCUAGACUACGCUCGUGGUCAGACUGUGGUACUUGGAGCAAAAUGUGAAUACACAGACCUUGACUGCUUCUGUUCGACCUACCAGUUGACCCCCUACCUGAUAGUGAACCUCGAGACUACCCAGGAUGUGACCACCGUUGUUAUCACCGCCUCCAAAAAUAAAUACGAAGACCUUGGUGACUUGGUCGUUCAUGUGGGUAACGCAGGGGAUGAUAGCGACCCCGUGCUGUCGAGGUACACUGGACCAGCAGGCCCUGGAGAGGUGGUGACACUGAGGGGCUCCAGCGCCCUCCCUGGCCGCUACGUCUCGCUCUACAAAAAGAGCUUCCUCGAGAACGCCCUCUGUCUCUGUCUCCUGCAAGUGUACAGCGCCUAGGACACCUGUGUUGCCUCAAGACUACCACAGCUGAGUACCAUAUAAAUGCCACAGUACCACAGCUGUAUGUAACAACUAAAAACAUAAACGUAAAAGAUUCAUACACUUUUGUCAUUAUUCCCACCGUGCAGUACUGCCUAACGAUGUAAAUAAUCAAGAAAGAGUUUUAACUUUUCAUGUUGUUUCCUGGCGAUUACCUGUAUACCUGU